AUGAGCAACAUAGCUGAAUCUAUUAACUCCGCACUGAAGCCAUCAAGAGGAUUUCCUAUAUCAUUCCUUUUAGAGUUUAUAAGGGAGAAGAUGGGAAAGUGGUAUUGGAAAAGGAGAGAAGAUGCUUUGAGUCUCACAUCUGAGCAUAGUCGGGGAGUUGAGCGCUUAUUGGCGAUUCGUUCAGAGAUAGCGGACACUAUGUUUGUCCAACCAGUUGAUGGAUGGAAAUUCUUUGUAACAGGUGGCAAGCGGAACUGUAUUGUUGAUUUGAACCAGAUCAAGUGUGAUUGUGGUGUCUAUGGAAUUGAGAAAAUACCUUUCUCACAUGCUAUAGCUGCUGGAACUUUUGCUAAGUUGCAUAUCGCCUCACUUGUGUCUCUGCUAUACUCAAGGAGCAUUUGUAUGCAUGGUACUCACAUAAUAUAUAUCCUUGUGCUUGAGAAGUUGAGAUCCGCAAAUGUCUUCCUCCAGAAGUAA